AAACCCAAUUUGAAGAUCUUUGGGUCCUAUGGAUUCCUGUUUUAAUCUUAUAAAUCCUUAAGAAGCAUGUCAGGUUAAUUGCAUUUGGACAGCAUUGAAUCUCGAUCUUGGGCUCCUGAGUGUAGACGUCAAACAAAUGCUGAAUUCAAACAUUUUCUUUUGGGGUGAGAGGUUCUGAAUUUUCUAUCAAAUUUCACUUUUAGUGCCAAAAUUUUCACUAAAUUUUGUAACGCCAAGAUACAAUUCACUGAAUUGGAAAGGAAACUGCAAUUUUAAAGUGUAGUAAUAAUGCUAGCAGUAAUAUAUACAACAUAAAAAACCAAUUAAACUAUCUGGUUGAUUGCCCCUUUUCCUUGAUCGAUUCAAGCCGAUAAAUUGUUAAUAGUAAAAUAUAUAUAUAUACCUACUGAAAGUGGCUGCUCUUCGAACCUACACUGCCAUGACUCGUCUCUUCCGGUUACUCUGCAACACUUCACUCAAAGCACCCUCUUUCUCCCUUUCUUUCACCUUAAUCCCCUCGCUAUCCUCUUCGUCUUCCUCUUUCUCUUCAAAAUGCAGGGCGGAGCCAAUUUCAGUACCUUCUCAACUCCCUCCAGUUCCCAAAAGAGUUCCUUUCACUGUCUCCCUCCACGGUCAUUCGUGGCAAGAUCCUUACCAUUGGAUGCGCAACAUCAGCGACCCUGAUUUCUUGGACUACCUCAACCAAGAAAACUCAUAUGCUCGUGCUUUCAUGGCUGACACUCAAACUCUGCAACGAACUCUGGUCACUGAGAUGAAAAACCAGAUGCCUGCCAAGGUUUCCACGCCUGUUGAACGUUUUGGACCCUGGCUGUACUACGAGUACAUACCGGAAGGGAAGGAAUACCCAGUUUUUUGCAGGAGGUUAGGAACUAAGAGACGUGGUUGGGCGGAAAGGCUUCUCAGCUAUGCAAAAGCCGGGUUGGGAAGGGAGGAAAUUUUGCUCGACUGGAAUGAAGUUGCUGAAAAACAUGGUUAUGUGCACAUAGGCCAGUGCCGAAUUUCACCAGAUCAUAAUUUUCUAGCGUACACACUUGAUGCUACUGGUGGUGAACUGUUCAUGCUUCAAAUUAAGGACCUCAGAAAUGGAUAUCUUGUUCCAAGGGCACCAGUUGAUCGAGUUGUUAGCUUGGCAUGGGCUCAAGAUUGCCAGACUUUGUUCUAUACAAUUGCAGAUGAGAAUCAACGAGCUUACAGGGUUCUUUGCACAAAACUAGGAUCAGGUAAUACAGAUGAUAUCUUGAUAUUUACUGAAAGUGAUCCUAGCUAUUGUGUGGACCUAACAAGUACAAAAGAUGGAAAGUUUAUAACUGUGAAUUCAAAUUCAAGGAGUUCAUCUGAGGAAGGCAUUUACCUUUUCACUACCAUUUCCUUUUCGUAUGUUUAUGUAGUUGAUGCUACUGAUCCCUUGAGUGGCUUGCAAAGAGUACACGAGCGUGUUUCCGGCAUACAGUAUUUUUUGGAACAUCAUUUUGGUUUCUUUUACAUUCUUACAAAUGCUCCUAUGAAAGAAAAUAUGAUGUGUUCCAGUGAUGGCUUUUAUUUAGCUAGAUGUCAAGCUGGAGAUAUCCAGUCAACCACUUGGCAGAAUAUUUUCUAUGCAAGUAAAGAUACCAUUUUACAAGAUAUGGACAUUUUUUAUGGACAUUUGGUGCUUUUUCUCAAUAAGAGGGGCUGUCCUAUGAUAUGUUCUGUUGAUUUGCCUAUCAAUGUUGAUUGUAAGCAUCAAAUGAGGAUUGAGGAUCUUGAUCCAUGGUUUUUUCCUGUGCCAUCAAAUUCAUGUAGUAUUCAACCAGGUUCAAACCUUGACUUCGCAAGCUCAGUAUACAGAGUGGUGCUGUCUUCUCCAGUGAUGCCUGAUGUAAUCGUAGACUAUGAUAUGUCAAGACGGAUUUUCUCAAUUGUCCAACAAGAAGAGGUACUUGGUGUUUCUAGUAAUGCUCGAUCAUGCUCUUUAAGAUAUGAAUUAGAUACCCAAGAACACCUUGACAGUGAAAAGGUUGAAAACAACCAAAGUAUUGAAUUACAAAGAUGGAAGGAUUUUUCUGAGACUUAUUGUUGUGAAAGAAAGGAAGUUAUUUCCCAUGAUGGUGUCAGGGUUCCUCUGACCAUUUUGUACUCUCAAAAAGUGUGGAAGAGCAAUCAGUCUCCUGGAAUUUUAUAUGGUUAUGGAGCUUAUGGGGAAGUUCUUGAUAAAAGUUGGUGUGUGGACCGUCUAAGUUUACUUGAUCGUGGAUGGGUGAUGGCAUUUGCUGAUGUAAGGGGGGGUGCUGAUGGUGAUUCUUCAUGGCAUAAAUCUGGCAGUGGGUUGUUCAAACAAAAUUCUAUAUAUGACUUUGUAUCAUGUGGCAAGUAUCUAAUUGAUGAGGGCUAUGUCCAUAGAGAUCAGCUGAGUGCCAUUGGAGUUAGUGCUGGGUGUCUUCUGAUAGGGGCAGCUCUCAAUAUGUACCCUGACCUUUUUCGUGCUGCAAUUUUGAAGGUACCCUUUCUCGAUAUAUUGAACUCGUUGCUGGAUCCUAGUUUGCCUCUCACUACAUUGGACUAUGAAGAAUUCGGGAAUCCCCAGAUAAAGUCUCAAUUCGAGUCUAUUUUAAGAUAUUCUCCCUAUGAAAAUAUUCCUCAUGGUGGUUGCCACCCUUCAGUUCUUCUUACAGCUUCGUUUAAUGACUCAAGGGUUGGAGUUUGGGAAGCUGCCAAGUGGGUGGCCAAAGUACGAGAUGGUACAUGUUCUUUUUGUUCUCGUUCUGUCAUUCUGAAGACAAAUAUGAGUGGAGGACACUUUGGUGAAGGUGGCCGCUAUAUUCAGUGUGAGGAAAUAGCUUAUGAAUAUGCUUUUCUGGUGAAAGUUAUGGGGAUUCACAUUAAUUAGCAAAUAAACUUGGUUCUCAUCAAAGGUUUUCAACUAACAGGGAAAAGAAAACAUUAAGCAGAGGGAUUUCUUUCAUUUAAUCUUUGAAUGAGUGAUUGAUGCUUCUGUUUAUUGAAGGACACUCGAUUGCUGUUCAGGCAGUGAUCUUUAUGAUGAGAGAGUGGAUUCUGCGCAAGCUAAAAUUUUUAGAACACUUCAUUGGCAGUUCAGGUAGAUAUCAAAUGGUAUAAGUGGCUUCUGAGCUGCCUCCAUGUGCACCUGCUUUUUUAUGCUGAAUCUGGUCAUGUAUACAUAUUGAGUGACUAAUGAAGUAAUCUUUUGAGAUUUAAAAAUGCUGCAUUUGCUGUUAAUCCUUAUUGCACCAGGAAAUCUGGCGCCUUUCAUUCCAGGAUGCACUAGAGUUCCAUUUCUCUUUAUUAUUAUCAUUAUUUCUACAAUAAAGCAGUACUUCUCUGAUAGUCUUGUCACAACUUGCAUUGCCCUUUUUGGCCAAUGUACUGGAUUUUACUCAUUGAAGUGUUCUUGGCUUCCUUCUACAAUAUUUGUCUGUCACACCAUAUGCUGCCAUGACUGAGCAGAAUCCAGAAGUACAAGUACACAUAGGAAGAAACUGCAGAAGGAACUGAAAGUUCAACAGUUUUCAUGUUCUUUCCGAAUGGCAGCAAAAUUUUCCAGCUUCUAGCUGUAGAGGAUUGUUUUUAAGUUUCUCUCAGGUCUUUUAUGUACAAAAUAAUGGUAUCAAAUGAAUGCUAGCAGCACUGAUCCAUGUUGGUUAACUGUUCCCUAGCUUAAUGUCACAGUAAGCACACUGGUCCAGGUCCAGGGAUGUUGACCACGUGUGAUUUCAGUUGGAGAACCAGAGAGAUCAGACCCAGAGUGCAAGGUAUCCAUCCGAGAUUCAGACGGAUUUAAAUUUCAAACCUAUUAGAUCUAAUUUAGCUUACGGCAAGCUAAACUCGAACAGGCUGUGCUUUGCUGACCAAAGAAGGAAAAUCCCAUCUCACCUAUAUUACUAAAAUUUGAUUUGGUCACUGACUUCACUGAUCUUUUAUUUACAAAGAGAUCCCAAUAGAAAAAAAAAUUACAAGAAUUGAAAUUUAAGUUCUAAAUUUAUUAAAUUGCAUGAAUCAAUUGAGUUUAGAUGAUAUUUUCCUCUCAAGAUAUCAUCACAUGUUUAGAGCCGAAAAUGAUUAAAUUAAGAAAUGUGGUUGAGCAAGCUUAUCAACAUCACAAUGUACGGUCACCAAAAAUUGAAAUUUAGCCUCUUACGGAACAUGUGCUACAUCUUGACAGUGUGAACC